GAAUGAAUUUAAACGUCAAUAAAACUUACCAAUAGUACAUUUAGUAUUUACAAACGAAGGUGUUAUUUAAAUUAAAUUGGGAAAUUAUUAUGUGUGUAUAAAAUUUUUUUAAAUUGGACUAAACGAGAAAAUUAAAUGAAUUGAUAUAGUUAUACUGUUUGUUAUAGCUAUAAAACUAAAAAAUAUUAAAUAUGUCAGAAUACAACCCGCAAGGGAGUGCUACAAAGGCAUUUCUCAAGUAUAUUGAAAUGGAAAAUUUCAAAUCUUAUAAAGGACAUGUAGUUGUAGGUCCUUUAAAGCAAUUUACUGCAGUAAUUGGACCCAAUGGCUCAGGAAAAUCAAACUUCAUGGAUGCAAUAAGUUUUGUUAUGGGAGAGAGGACUUCAAGUCUUCGUGUUAAACGCCUCAACGACCUAAUCCACGGAGCUUCUGUUGGGAAACCUGUAUCCAGAUCCUGCUAUGUUACAGCCAAAUUUAUUGUUGAAGAAGAUAGACAAAAAGAUUUCCAACGUUGCGUUUAUGGUUCUUCUUCUGAAUAUAGAAUUAAUGGAGAGUCAGUAUCUAACACAACGUAUUUGGCUGAAUUGGAAAAACUAGGAAUUAACGUUAAAGCAAAAAACUUUCUUGUUUUCCAAGGAGCUGUGGAAAGCAUCGCCAUGAAAAGUGCAAAAGAAAGAACUGCUCUUUUCGAAGAAAUCAGUGGAUCCGGCCUUUUAAAAGACGACUACAAUAGAUUGAAGCAAGAAAUGAACCAAGCUGAAGAAGAAACUCAAUUUACAUAUCAAAAAAAGAAAGGUAUUGCUGCAGAAAGAAAAGAAGCUAAGCAUGAAAAAAUGGAGGCUGAUAGAUAUGCCCGUCUCAAAAAAGAAUAUAAUGAACAACAAAUUGAAUACCAACUAUUUCGACUAUUCCAUGUAGAAAAAGACAUUCAAAAAUUGAACGAUGAUUUAGUCGUAAAGCAAACUGAAGUUCAAAAUGUUGAAAAGAAAAAAGAAAUUGCAGACGAGGUUUUGAAAGAUAAAAAAAAAGAAGCUGGAAAAUUAAAUAGAGAUCUUGCGAAAACUGAACAGGAAAUAAGGGAAAUCGAAUCUGAAAUGAGUAAAACGCAUCCACUUUUUAUCAAAACUAAGGAAAAAGUAUCCCAUUGUGAAAAAAAGUUACAAUCUGUAAUGAAAACACUUGCUCAAGCAAAAAAAGCAGAUGACGCACAUCAAGCAGAUAUACGAGCUUUAGAGAAAGAGUUAGCUGACGUUGAAAAUUUAAAACGACAAUAUGAAGAAGAUUUAGAGAACGAAUCACAAAAACGAGGUAGCAAUGUUCACAUGGAGGAAGGUUUAGUUCAAGAAUAUGAUCGUUUAAAGCAAGAAGCAGAAUCUACUGCAACACAGUACAGAUCAAAUUUAGAUUCAGUUAAUCGAGAGCAAAAAUCUGAUCAAGAUUUAUUAGACAGCGAAAUAAAUCGAAAAGCUUCCGUACAAGAGCAACUUAAAAAAUGUACUUCCCAAAUGGAAGAAGCUAAGAAACGAAAAGAAAAGCUUUUAGACCAUAUAAGAUCUAGUGAAGCUGCUUUAGAGGAACAAAAUCGCAUCAAAGACGAACUAAAAACUGAUGUAGGUUCUUCAAAGGAGAAAAUAUCUGAGAAGCAAAGAGAACUAGAAAACGUUCGUGAUCAAUUAGGAGAUGCAAAAAUUGACAAACAUGAAGAUUCACGAAGAAAAAAGAAGCAAGAAGUUGUGGAGUUAUUUAAAAAACAAGUACCAGGAGUGUAUGACCGCAUGAUAAAUAUGUGUCAACCAACGCAUAAAAGAUACAAUGUGGCUGUAACAAAAGUUCUUGGAAAAUAUAUGGAAGCAAUCAUUGUAGAUACUGAAAAAACAGCACGCAGGUGCAUUCAAAUAUUAAAAGAGCAAAUGUUAGAAGUUGAAACAUUUUUACCCUUAGAUUAUCUUCAAACAAAACCACUCAAAGAGCGAUUGAGGAAUAUCACUGAUCCAAAAAAUGUCAAACUUGUUUUUGAUGUGUUGAAAUUUGAACCACCAGAAAUUGAACCGGCUGUUUUAUUUGCAACAAAUAAUGCACUAGUUUGCGAAACACCAGAAGAUGCUAUGAAGGUAGCUUAUGAAUACGAUCGCAGUCGCUAUGAUGCACUGGCAUUGGAUGGUACAUUUUAUCAGAAAUCUGGAAUUAUAUCAGGAGGCAGUCAUGACCUAGCCCGUAAGGCAAAACGAUGGGAUGAAAAACACAUGGCUCAACUAAAAAUGCAAAAAGAUCAAUUAAAUGAAGAACUUAAGGAACUGAUAAAAAAAUCUAGGAAGCAAAGUGAAUUGGCAACAGUAGAAAGUCAAAUUAAAGGUCUAGAAAAUAGACUCAAAUAUAGCAAAGUGGAUUUAGAAUCCUCUGAAAAAUCUAUUAAACAGUACAAGAAUCAAGUAACGGACUUGGAGAAGCAACUUGAUAGCUUCGGGCCAAAAAUAAGUGAAAUUGAAAGGCGCAUGGAAAGACGGGAUCAAAAAAUACAAGAAAUAAAAGAAAAUAUGAAUAACGUUGAAGACAAGGUGUUCGCUAAAUUCUGUCGUAGAAUUGGGGUAAAAAAUAUACGCGAAUAUGAAGAACGGGAAUUAGUAAUGCAACAAGAAAGAGCCAAGAAACGUGCUGAAUUUGAACAACAAAUUGAUACAAUAAAUACCCGACUUGAUUUCGAAAGACAAAAGGAUACUAAAAAAAAUGUUGAACGUUGGGAAAGGGCGGUUCAAGAUGAAGAAGAUGCUUUGGAAGGACAUAAAUUAGCUGAAGCACGUUUUCGAAAGGAAAUUGAUGUUGACAAAGAAAAAAUUGAACAACUAAAACAAACGAAAAAUGUAAAAAAACAAGCUGUUGAUGAAAUGGAAGAAGAAAUAGCAAAAGCUCGUCGGGAUGUAGCAAAUUUGGCAAAAGAAAUUCAUUCGAUUGGUAGCCAAAUAUCAGCUAUUGAAGCCAAAAUUGAAACAAAAAAAAAUGAAAGGCAUAAUUUAUUAAUGCAAUCAAAGAUUGAUUGCAUAGAAAUCCCUUUGAUAAAAGGCAGUCUUGAUGAUGUAGUCAGACAAGGCGAUUCAGAAUCAGCAACAAAUACAACUACGACUUCGGUCAUAUUAGAUCGCGAAAAUUUAAUUGAAAUCGAUUAUAGCUCACUUUCUAGAGAUUUAACAAAAUUAAAGGAUGACUCCGCAUUUAAAAAGAUGAACGAUAAUUUACAAAAGGAGUUACAAAAUAAAUUGGAUACAUUAGAUAGAAUACAAACUCCAAAUUUAAAGGCAAUGCAAAAAUUGGAUAGGGUAACUGAAAAAAUAGCGUCCACAAAUGAAGAAUUUGAAAAUGCUCGAAGAAAGGCAAAAAAAGCUAAAGCAGCAUUUGAAAAGGUUAAAAAUGAAAGAGCAGACAAAUUUAAUAGGUGUUGUACGCAUAUUGCGGAAGCUAUUGACGGUAUUUACAAAUCGUUGGCUCGAAAUGAAGCUGCCCAAGCCUAUUUGGGGCCAGACAACCCUGAAGAACCUUAUUUAGAUGGAAUAAAUUAUAAUUGUGUGGCACCUGGAAAACGUUUUCAACCAAUGAAUAAUUUAAGCGGUGGGGAAAAAACGAUAGCAGCUUUGGCGUUGCUUUUUGCAAUCCACAGUUAUCAACCAGCACCGUUCUUCGUUCUCGAUGAAAUUGAUGCUGCUUUGGAUAAUACAAAUAUUGGGAAAGUUGCUUCAUUUAUAAGAGAAGAUACUACAAAUUUACAAACUAUUGUAAUUUCUCUAAAAGAAGAAUUUUACGGACAUGCAGAUGCUCUAGUUGGAAUCUCACCAGCGAUUGGCGAUUGUUUAAUAUCGAAUGUCUACUUAUUUGACUUAACACAAUUUGGAGUAUAAACUCAGCAUUAAAAAAAGAGACGGUUAAUGAAUUUUAAAAUUUUACGUACAUAUUAGAUUAACGUUUCUAGAAAAAAAGAUAAUACAUACAAAAUUUAAAUAGCC